UUCAUUCUAAAUUUCAAAUCGCGUGAAGGUGGUCGUGCUGUCAUAUUUGUUUGCGGUAGUGUCUGUAACGGUACGGUUCAACAAGUUUUGAAAGGGAGAAUUUGCUCAAGUAGCUUUUUGAAGAUAAUCAAAAAAACGCCAACAUGGAUUGUGGAACCACGUUUGCCAAAUAUGUUCUCUUUAUAUUCAAUGCCAUCGUGUCGAUUCUUGGCAUUUUGGUGAUUGUAUUUGGCGUCUUGAUUUUGAAUAGCAUUGGCAUGAUAGAGGUUGAUGGCCAAACCGGAUUCCCACCUCAGGCUGCCAUGCCAAUUGGUAUGAUUACCAUUGGUUCUAUUGUGGUAUUCAUUUCAUUUUUGGGCUGCUGCGGUGCCAUUCGUGAAGAUGUCUGCAUGACAAUGUGCUAUGCUGUACUGAUGCUGAUAUUGCUUAUCAUCCAAUUGAUCGUUGUAGUUCUGCUGUGGACCAACCAAGACAAAAUUGAAACCGCCAUGGAUAAUGUUAUCGAAAGUGCAUGGCAGUCGGAAGUUCGUGAAGCAGGUGUAUUCGAAGUUGUACAAAAAUCGCUCAAAUGUUGCGGUGUCAACAGUGCCGCUGAUUAUGCUCUUAAUGGCCGUAUUCCACCAAAAUCAUGCUGCCCUGCAGAUGAGACCUGCAUCGUUAUCAACUACUAUCCUGGCUGCAAAAAGGAAGCCCGCAAAUUCAUAACAGGCAGUUCCGAAAAAGCCAAAUACUUUGGCCUGGGCUUAAUUGUUGUUGAGCUCGUUGGUUUCAUAUUUGCUUGCUGUCUGGCUAAUAAUGUACGCAACAGUAAGCGACGAAACGCUUACUAAUUUGGAAAGCAAUGAAGGUCAACUAAUUCUAAUACCAACAUUGCCCCCCAAAAACAACAUGCAACAAGAAACAAAGUUUUUCCUCAAGUAAUUUUUUACGCACACAAUGGAUUUUCCACAGAAAUAAGAGAUAUAUAGAUUGUUACGUUAUAUACAUACCGGCAUACCUGUAAACAAACCAAUAGAAUACAAAAAGAAAAAUCGAAAACUACCAAAAUUACACAUAUAUACAAACAAAAACACAAAUACACACUUAUAUACCACAUUAAUUGAUAUAUGUAGAUACAAAUGUAUAUCAGUGAAUCUCCUAUGUUAUUUUUUGUAAUAGAUUUACAGAGAACCAUUUACACAUACGUUGAAUAUAUAACGGAAGAGGAUGUAUUACCAAUCCAUGAAUUAAUUAUUCUUUAUUAUCUGCUGUAUAUUAAAUAUUGUUUUAUAAUUAGUAUUUAUGCAAAGAACGAAAACAAAGAAGAAGUAUACAAUGAAUUUCUUUACUUUAUUAAACACGUAUAUGUACAUAUUUACAUGUAUUGAUAGAACACAUCUUUUGUAUGUUUGUAUUCCAUUUGUAUUUUUUUGUAUGUACGCCAAAAUCUCCCUCCAAUCUCAAAUGGCUUAUAUUAAAAUUCACAAAAUAAAAUUCAUGUUAUUUUCUCUAUUAAACCUUUUCUAUUUGUAUCCCUUUUCUGUCAUUGUAUUUUUUAAGAAAUCUCAACAUUUUUAUACCAACACUUAACAUCUUAAUGAAUUAAAUGAUGAAAUAAUAAUCUCGAAGCACAAUAAACAUAAAAGGGAAAUACAA